UCACACAGUUAAGGUGGUGGUGCUUCUUUUUCCGCCAGUUCCCGAGAGUCCUUGAAACUAGUCUUGAUAUUUGGAACUUAUUUUACAAGACGGACAGUAAUUACUUUUGAGUGUGAUUCUACAGUUUGGAUUUCGAGUGAUAUAUUUCUCACAACUUUUAUUUUGUGGAAAUCCAGGUCGCAUUUGAGUGUCGUUUUCAUCGUUCCCAAAAUGUGCUCGCAAAGAACCUAAGUGACAAGCCCGACGAAAUUCAGGAGCUGCGUCGCUUUCCAAGGUCCAGAUACCGACGUAGACCUUGCACUCCUCGGCGAGAGCCAUGAGCUCCGUGUAACCGGUCGGCUCCUGAUUGCGCUUGGGACGUGUCUGAAGAGGAGCAAAAGGCCUCCAACAUGGCCUCGAACUUUCCGCCCAAGAGCUCCGCUUCUCUGCUGGCCGCUGUCCUCAUCGUCGUCGUCGCGCUGAACCGCUGCAGCUGCGCCUCCAAGGUAGUACUCCGAGGCGUCGGCUACGAGGGCGUGGUGGUGGCGCUCGAGGACGACCUCCCGCCAGCGCUCUGCCAGGACCUGAUCGCUGGACUCGAGCGCACCGUCCGCGCCGCGUCCACAGUGCUGUUCGCGGCGACUCGCGGCCGCGCAAGUUUCCGCGACGUGACGGUGUUGGUGCCGUCGUCGUGGGGCCCCUCGCCGCCGUGCCCUGCCCUGGGCACGCUGGGCAACGCUGCAGGAGAGAGCUGGGAGGCGGCGGACCUGCGGGUGAGCAAGGGGCGCCACCCCCAGCACGGCGCGCGCCCCUGGACGCUCCACUCCCGCGGCUGCGGCCACCGCGGCGACUACGUCUCGCUCGGACACAGCAGCCUCACGGCCAACGCGUCGGCGCUCACAGGUCGGCAGCUGGCUCGAGCGUGGCUGGAGUACCGCUACGGCGUGUUCGACGAGGCGGGCGCCCAGGGCAGCGCCGCCCACCCGCCGCACUACCGCGCCCCCGACGGCGCCUGGAAGCCCAACGUGUGCACCAACCUCCCCGCCGUCGCCGCCAACCCCGCCUGCGACCCCGCCAACCUCACGUGCCCGCUCAGCCUGACGAAGGAAGCGGAGGAGCAAGCGGCGGCUGAGGACGCAGGCGAGGCAGAGAGAGCGAAGCGCAGCGUGCCCAACGGAGUCACGUCCUUGAUGGGUCUGCCCGAUGACCCUGCAGUGACGCAGCUGUGCGACGAGGGCAGCCACGCCCGUGAGGCGCCCACCCGCCACAACCUCCUCUGCGGCGGCAUCUCCGUGUGGGAGGUGCUGAGGGCGAGUCCGGACUUCCAGAACAACCGGAACGCUGAAGGAAAGCUGGAGGAAAGUGACGUUGCCUUCCGCUAUGUGCGCGCGCAGCCACCCAGGAUCGUCCUGCUCAUCGACGACACAGACGUGAUGAACGUGCAGAAACGGUGGGAGUUCGUCCGCAAGGCUGUCCGCAAGGUGGUCACCUACGACGUCCCCGACGGCCACAGCGUCGGCCUCGUUGUGUUCGACUCCGCAGCGGCCACCAAGUACCCGCUGACGCGGCUGACGGACGGCGCCACGCGGGAGAAGGUUGGGUCAUCCCUCCCCCGGAACCCCUCUCGGGAGCCUCACCACAAGCGCUGCCUCCUGUGCGGCCUGCGGGAGGCGCUGCGGAUGUUGGAGCAGGACAACACAGGCAGUGGUGCAGGUCAUAUAGUACUGGUGACUGCUGGGGGAGGGGAGCCCCUGGACGCCGCUCGCUCCGACGAGGCGUCCCGCGCCCUGACCGCGACCGGCGUCGUGCUGCACGCCAUUGUGUACCCGCUGAUCGAGAAGUACCCGACGCCGGGCGCCGGCCUGGAAACCGUGGCGGCGCUCAGCGGCGGCCGCACCUACAUCGUGCCCGACCAGGGCAUCGGCGCCGACUCCAAGCUCAGCAUGUACUACAACCUGCUGGACUCUCUGUACACGGCGCUGGCGGGCGUGACGGGCCCCUCCGUCCUGCCGGUGAAGGUGCACGCGGCGGAGCACCCCGGGGGGCGCGUGGCCGUGUCCCAGGGCACCUUCGCGCUGGACCCGCACUUGGGCGCCGACACCGUCUUCGCCAUCUUCUACUACCACGUGACCCACGUCGGCAACCUUAUCCACCUGGUCAGCCCGCAGGGGCAGGUCAUCGACACAGCCAACAUGCAGAAGGAGGACGCUAACAUCAACAUGAUCACCGUGAGGCUGGCGGAGGCACAGGCCACGGCAGGCCAGUGGCACUACAAAGUGGAGAACAGAGCAGACUCCCACCAGGCGCUCUACGUGCAGGUCACCUCGCGCCCGCGCGCCCGUACAGGUGCCCCUCAUGUGGCCGUGCGCGCCUGGACCAGCCACCCGCUGUCAUUGGUCAACGCCAGCGACAUCUCGCGCCCCCUGGCGCUGUUCGCCGAGGCGAGGGUGGGCGUGGCCCCCAUCGAGGGCGCCAAGGUCACCGCCACCGUCACCCGCCUCGGCUACACGGACAACGGUACCAAGUAUGAGCCGAUCCAGGUCAUAUUGCUCGACAACGGUCUCACAGGUCCUGACAUGGCGCGCGCGGACGGCGUCUACUCCCGCUACGUGCCGGGCCUCGCUGCCGCCAAGUACAGCGUGCGGGUGGACGUGGAGGGCGAGGUCGAGGGUGAGGUGUUCACUCGCCACGUGCGUCUGGGCGUCGUGGAUGUGGUAGGCGUCCUCCCCGCCCUCGACGUCAUUCCUCCCUCCCGCGUGGUGGACCUGCGGGCGUCCGUCCUGGCAGGCAGCGGCGGCCGCGUGGCCUUCAGCUGGACGGCUCCGGGGGGCGACCUGGACUACGGCGUGGCCGACCGCUACGUGGUGAUGGCGUCCCGCGACCCCGCCCAACUCCGCGAGGGCGGCGGCCGCCUGCUGGAGGGCUGGCCAGCGCCCCUGCCCGCUCCCGCCCUGCAACAGCACACUCUGCUCUGGCCGGACUUCGGCGUCGUGCACUACGUGGCGCUGUAUGCGGUCGACGAGCAGGGCAACACGGGCGCCCUCAGCAACGUCGUGAGCGUGUUCGUGCCCGCGCCGCCCUCCACCACGCCCGCGCCCCCGCCCUCGCAGCCCCCGGCGCCCCCCGCCAACACGUCGGCCGUGAGGGAGGGAGGCGCAGGCGAGCCAGUGCUAGCGGCCCUGGACACGCGCCAGCUGGCCGUGGUGUUCGGCUGCGUGGGCGGCUUCGUGGCCCUCGUGGCGCUCGUCGCCUGCUACUGCCUGGCCGCCCACCGUCGCCAGCGGAAGUCGGCGCAGGCCAAGAAGGCGCACGAGGUGCAUGAGGCCUACGCCGUAGCAGUGGCCACGCCCACCAAGCUGGGGCCGCCGCAGGACUUCCCCGACGGCGGCAAGGCCCCCGCCAAAGACGCCCUUGGCAAGGACUAUAUGAGCCCCGUGGAGUCGUGGUCGGCGUCGCAGCUGCUCAGCAGUCGCCACGACCCGAAGCGAGGCAGCCUGUCGGCGCGCUCCGACGACGCCUCCGACCACAGCGCCUCCACCAAGAAGAGCUACGGCGACUCCUCGGCCGCCAACGACUUCUACGCCGACACGAGCGCUUACCCGUACCGCCACGACGCCUUCCUCGGCCACUACCCGGGCCCCGCCGACCAGUACCCCGUGCCCUCCGACCAUUACCCGCCGCCCGGCCACGCCUACCCGACGCCCACGGACGGAUACCCCGCCCCCUCCGAGGGCUACCCGACCACACCCACAGACCUGUACCCGAGCGAGGGCUUCCCGGCGGCGGCGGAGGCGCGCCCCUACGUGAGCUCCCCGCCGUCCGAAUCCUUCCUGUCCGUCUCGUGCGAAAUGCUGCCACCCUCGCACGGCCCGCCGGCCUACGCCGCCUACCCCUCCUACGACGCCUCCCUCAGGUCCUCCACCUCCUCCAAGGUGCCGCCCCCCAUCCCCCCCAAGCCCAAGCUGGUCUACACGCCCGAGCCCUACAUCUACGACGCCCACGCCCACGAAGCCCCCGCGCCCGCGUCGCUCCUCGCCGCCGAGAAGAGGGUGCGGAACAUCACAAUGGUGUAGUGACGCAAGCAUCGGCUCUUGCUUCCUGUAUAUAUCAUGGAGUUAUACAUGUAUAUAGAAAUCAGCAUCCGGGUUUAAAACUUUGAUAAGACGAAGGGGAAGUUAACAAGGUUCUGUGAUGUGAUUUGAAGAUUUCCAUUUUCUAAAAAUGCUACUAAUAAUGAUAAUACGCAGAGAACAAGUGAGUUGUGCGAAGUUUCCAUGAAAGUGAAAUUUAUGAUUGCCUUCUGAAGUUUCCGCUUCAGAAGAGAGACAAAUCAACACUAGGCUAAUCUUCUCAAGGCCCAUGGAAGGCGAUGAAACGUUUGAAUCUACAAAAGGGAAAGAAAUAGGGAAAAUAUGGUUACAUCUGGAGAAGGAAAAUAGGAAAAUGGAUAAAAAUAUAAGUUUAUGACGAGGACCUUUCCAGCUGAUUCAUUCGAAAAAGACAGUUGGUUUCACUCCGUGCUGUUAACUGGGGCAGCGUUCAUGCGUAUGCGAUUUUGAGGGAGGGGAGGGGGGGGGGUAAAAAUUAGCCUUGUAUAUUCUGUGGUGCCAAAUGUAAAAUAAUCGUGUAAAUACUGAUGCCAGAUCAGCAUGACACUACAGGACAAACGAGGCCCCGCCAGACUCGGAGUCCUUUGUACAUGCUCUUCGAAUUUUAAAUAUAUUGUUUAAAUUCUGUAUAUAUAAAACGACCGGCAGUAUUAUGUGAUAUGCUCCCAAGAUCUUCAUUUUGUGUGAAGUUCUAUUUUGUAUAUUUAUAAAUAUAUUUCUGACGUUCAGAUAUUUUUGUAAAUAAAUUGUUAUCUCGUUAA